CGCUAACGAAACCCUAGGAAGGAAAAGUUUUUUCUUCUCUUUUUGGUUACAUCUGCGAUAUUUUGAUAUUUUUUGUCUUAUUUCUCGUUUUUCGGCAUCGAAGCGUUUUUUUCUCUGUAAUAGAUAGUCGUAUUCUAAGAUAAUAGGAGAAGUAGCAAUCAUGGAAAACGUUUGCGAUGUUGAAAUAUGCGGUCUAAAGAGGAGGAAGGUCAGCUUAGACGAUUGCACUCUACAUCAUGCCACAACUAGUGGUGAAGAAACGAGACCUUCGAACUCGAUGAUCGAUAAUGCUGCCACAGAAUGCAACAAUGUGGGUUGGCAUGGGAACGCUAAAGACUUGGGAGAUGAAAUCACGAACAUUGCUACCAAAAUGGUUGAUAUCAUGACCGGUGGGCACGAGAAGGACGAAACCAACGACGUUGUGGUUCCACCGGUCGAAGUUUCCCAUGAAUUUUCUCAAAAAGUAUGCAAGGCAUGGGCCAAGGAACUCUACGAAACAAAAAAGGAGGACCGAGAAGCAAUCAUGGACGAAAUACACGGAGUAAAAUCCCGGGCCGUUCCAGAAACACCAGAACUCAUUGAGACGGCACUGAAAGCCAUGCAAGAAGAGUUGGAACUGCGCUGUACUUCACUAGAUUCUUUCAAGAAAGAAAUCGUCGAAUGCAAUGCAUUGUCGAAAGACGAUCAGAAGAAACUACUCCGGGGCCACAUCCGGGCCACAACCGUUUUGGAGGGCCAAUUUGUCCAACAGCCGGAAUUCCGUCUCCGCUUUCUGAGAGCGGAAUUCUUUGAUGUUUCCAAAGCUACGACACGCUAUUGCAAGUGUUUGAAUCAUAUGCACGAGUUCUUUGGUGACAUUGCCAUUUUGAGACCCUUGUAUCUGUCCGACCUGACCGAAAAAGAGACCGAUUGGCUUUCCAGAGGCGAGACCGAACUCUUUCUUUCGAGAGACAAAAUGGGCCGGCGGAUCUUUGCAACGCCGAGUGGAAUCUUCGAUGAAUCUCUUUCGCAAAGAGAACGCCACAGGAUUGACAUCUUUAUGACCUAUGGGGUCAUGGCCGAGGACACGCUGACACAAUUUCAUGGUGCCAUUAGCCUAACAUGGUUUUCGAUCAACCCAUGCAAGGCAGUAGAAUGCCUCGAAGAUGAGGAGAGAUCAAAGCACAAACCAUUCUGGGACGAAAUUACUACGAUCUACAAGGAGAAGAACAAGCCCUACUACUACAACGACACAGAGGAACAUAACACUUGGCACUGGGUAGAAAAAAGAAUGCUAUCGAGACUMCGACUCGAUACCAUCUCCGGAAAACAAAAACUUUUUAGAGACAUGAUGGAGGCUGCUCCGUUCCGAAUGGCCGCCAUGCACAUCUGUGUACCAGAUGAACGGAUAUAUCAUUUCUUCAAGGCAGUGCACCUCUGUAUGAUUCCGUUUGAGUGCAGAGCACGGACGAAAAUACACAUAGGGAAUCAUCUAGAGUGCAGCCAAUAUCUGUGCCAGUAUGGCAUUUCGAUCGAUGACAUCCCGGCCUCCUGCAGGCCUCUCAGGAAGUAUAACAAGCCUGGCUUCCGUAGCUCGUCGAUGGCACGAUUCCUCAAGGCCCGCAGAGCCAUUGACAACUUUCGGAAGAAACAGGCAGACGGGGCACCUCGGAACGGUACCAAACACACAGAGGGCGAACCAUUUCCACCGAACUACCGCAAGGGAACCGAUUGUCCCGAGCCCAAUUGCGUUGUGUUUGGAGACCGGCUCACCUACAACUACCCCACAAACGUUGCCUUUCGGGAGUACUUGCAAGACGUGGAGACAAAGGCGAAUUCCUUUCUGGCCCGCCGCAAGCAAGGACCCAACCCCGCGUUCUCGAAAGCCAGCUGGCCCUCGACCAAGCGCAGAAGCUUCGCACGACUGAACGGUGCCAUGAUGGACGAGAUCAUCGAUGGUUUGUCGUCGCAAGCAAGCAACAAGGGCCUGCGGUUCGCCGUUUACGACAGGGAGGUCGGGUGGUACCGCUACCUGGACACUUCGGAUCGUGACGAUCGCAGAGAACUGCGAAAGCGGAUAUCACAGACCACGCGCGACAAUCGGAAACGAGUCCUGAAGGAAAGAGCAAGCCGCAACAGAAAUCUUUGCACGAAGAGUCAAGGAAGAUGCAAACGAAAGCGAGCCAAGGGACUUUCCGGUUUCAGCUUGCGAAAGCCACUCCAGCAGCAGCAGCAACAACAACAACAAGAGCUGCAACUGAAACUGCAGCAGCUGCAACAACAACAACAAGAGCUGCAACUGNGCAACAACAACAACAAGAGCUGCAACUGAAACUGCAGCAGCUGCAACAACAACAACAAGAGCUGCAACUGCAACUCGAUCAACUUGUUCGGCUACAGCCCUCUGCGAUUGUGCCAAAAGUCUUACGA